AUGGACGUUUGUUCUUCGAAGAAAAGAAAGAAAAUUAAGGGUGACUGGUCAAAUCUACCUGAAGAUCUUCUCAUCUCUAUUGUGAGGGUGGUUUCCAUGGUGGAUGUGUUUUCUUUUGCUGCUGUCUGUAAAUCAUGGAGAUCCGUCGCAACAAAAGAAGAUUUCACUAGUCUAGUAGCACAUCAAGUUCCUCUAUUGCUUGCACUCUCACGUGAUGAGAGCACCAAUGAGCUUCACAACCUGACCAAAAAUAAAGUUUCCGAAGUUCUUAUGCCGGAAGCUAAAGGGGAACGAUAUUAUUCUUCAUAUUUGGGAUGGGUUAUGUCUGUGUCUACUGAAGAUAUGAAAGUUAGUCUGUUCAAUCCCUUGAAAAUAAAUGAGUCUCAGAUUGAGUUGCCAGAUUUUGAUCCCUCCAAAAUGUAUUCUCAUAUUCAGCCAUGCCCUGAGCAUUUUCUGAAGAAGUUUGUGUUAUCUUCAAGUCCUUCUCGGACAUCAGAUUACAUAAUCAUGGUUCUUGGUAAACACAUAUCACUAGGAUUUUGCAGACCAGGAGACAAGCAAUGGAGGUUCAUAGAUACAACUGGGGAUGAUGAACUGAUAAACUGGGACGAUAAAACACUCAACGACAUUAUCUACUAUAAGGGACAAUUUUACGUGGUAGGUCGUCUUGGCACCAUCUUUGUUUGUGACAUUGAAGACCCUCAGCAACCAAAACUCAGAGUUGUGGUUCCACAGAUGCCUGGAUACAUUCGUCGUCAUGGAAGUGUUUAUGAGCAAAUAUACCUCGUGGAAUCUGCAGAGGAUUUAUUUGUUGUUUCACGUUUCUGGGGUAAUCUACAGCAGCUAACAGCUUUCAAGGUGCCAUUGCGUGAUGGCAACUGGUGGCCAUACUCAUUAGAGGUACGUAAUUUGGGUAAAAGAACCUGGUUCAUUGGUAGCAGCAGUACUAGUGUCUCUAUUGAUACAGGAUCCAACUCUGAAUGCAGAGCCAAUUGCAUGUACUUCCCUCAUAGUAUUUAUGAUAUGAAACGCAGAGAAUCCGAACCACAACUCAGAAAAAUCCCUAGGAGUCUGAAUCAGCGUCUUUGGAUUCAGCCUAGUUUCUAG